AUACGGAUUUCUUAAGGCGUCUAUUUUCAAUCACAGUCCCAGUCGCGCUUUGAAAUGAACAGGCUGCUCGUGCUGGACGGUGACGUACGACAAGAUUUCGAAUAAACAAUUGAAAGGAGAAACUGGACGUUCGCGAAAUGUGACGUUUGCAUCUACAGCGGAUGCUGAUAUUACACGUAGAAGGGCGAUUAUUAACAGUAGCUCAGAAGAAGUCCUUAACUUGGCAGGUGUAGAUGGCGUGGUCGUUUGACAUUCCAGUGUAAUUUUUUUCCCAGGCGUUUGACUGAGCCUUGGAUAAAAAGCCAAGCAUUCGAAUAUGAUCUCAGACACUGGGAAUGCUAAUCAUGACCUGCUUCAGUUCUCAGAGACAGAAGAAGUGGCUUCUUGAUAUUUUUUAUUACAUCCUUCUCCUGUGGACCAAAGAAAUGGACGGACUGGCAAACUUUUCAAAUUACUUGACCAGGAUCAUUCAGAGUCACUCAAUUCACGCCUGCGACGGAGAGCAGCUGCGCCUGCACUGCCCGAGGCACUCCACCAUUUCAGUGCUGUCCGCAUUUUACGGACACUCCGAAGUACCUCUCUGCGCCCCAAGGACCAAAGUGGACAGAGCGUCCAAUGAGAGCUGCUCCGCCUUUACUGCAUUACAGAAGCUGCUAGCAGAAUGCCAGGGCCAUCGUGACUGCCAACUCCCUGUAAAUAACCAUGUCUUUGGACAUGACCCCUGCCCUGGGACCUCUAAGCACCUUCAGGUGUCUUACAAAUGCAAGCCUACUGAGCAUAAGAAGAAGGUGGGCUGUGAGGGAGAGCAUGUGAAGUUGUACUGUAAGUACCCUCGGGUGCUUAACAUUUACUCAGCGGUCUAUGGCAGAGCACUGGAAGAUGAGAACAUCUGCUCUUCACAUGAUGAAGUUCCACCACCUUUUGAAUGCUUAUUCCACGGAGCUGUGCACCUAGUGUCAAAGACCUGCUACGCUAAACAGAGGUGCGUUAUUACUGUCAAUGACCACAACUUCAGGGACCCCUGCCUUCCAGGGAUAAAGAAGUAUCUCUCCAUCCUCUAUGCAUGUGUGCCACAAACAUUGCUCAGGGAAGCUGACCCGAAUGUUUUCAAAACUACCUCAAUUCCCAAACAGAACAUUGAAAAAGGAGCAGCUCCGUACCCUAAGGGUUCACGACACCCUGAUUCCCAUCCCAGCAGUGGGAUUAUUGUGAGCAACUCUCUGAUGACUUACGCUUAUGUGAAAGAGCACCCCGAGAUGGCCGCCCUGCUGUUUGUGUCGAGCAUGUGCCUGGGACUGAUAUGUGCCCUCAUCGCUGUGUCUGUCAGGCUCUCCUGCAAUGACAUCCCAUGGGGAGGGGGUCAAAAGACAGCCCCUAGCAGGGAGCCCAUGAAGAAGAACGAGGAAGAUGCUGAGGAGGAAGAGUCUGAGCAAAGCAGCUCGUCGCUCUCUAGCGAUGACAGGAAGGGACUUUACUGCUGGGAGGUGACGACGGAUACCACAGAAGCAGCGGAGCUGGCGGAGAGGAUCGAACGGAGAGAGCAGGUCAUCCAGGAGAUAUGGAUGAAUGCUUACCUCAAUGGGACCUCGCCAGGACCUCGCUAACCUAGUCACACAUUCACGGCGGAAUGCAGUCAAGAACAUUGUCCCUGAAGGGUCAAGUGCAUUGCAUUACUGUUGAACUUCUUUUUACUGUCUGGUCAGCUUGGCUGGUAUAAAACUCUGAGGUCAGUGAGAUAACGAACUAUGAAUGUGCAUUAUUAGGUCAGUGUAAAGCUCCUGUAUCAGUCAACUUUAGGAGAUGCCAAAUGAAAACGAGACUAUGUAGUCUUCAAAUAUGUGACUAUCUCAAAUGGCUUGACAAUGUAACACUUACAAAACUGACUAUUUUUGAGGUUGAAUCUACAUUGAUGUGUUUGUAUUGUUAAUAAUACCAAAGACUCAGUCAACAUGCUUUAAAGUCAGUGGGAUUCAUCAA